AUGGAGAAUGUUAAGAGAGAAGAGCUGGUGGGCCAAGCAAUUGCGUGGAACCAUUCAUUGGGAGCCAUUGAUUCCUUCGUCCUCAAAUGUGCCGUCGAAACCGGAAUAGCUGAGGUGAUCCACGGCCACGGGCGGCCCAUAAAACUUUCUCAACUUGGGGCUUCACUUCCGACGCCUUCCACCAACCUCGACAUCCUCCGGCGGAUCAUGCGAUACUUGGUGCACAUGCAGCUCUUCACCGGCCAAAAUGAAGGGUCCGAUGAUGGGGAGGAAUCAUACAGGUCAACCUCGGCCACUAAAUUCAUCCUGAUCAACAAGGAGAAGAGCAUAGUACCAUUGUUCAGAUUCCAGAUGCACGAGAAAUGCUAA